AUGACAACGCGCGUACAGUCUGGUCUUCAAGAUAAUGGAACGGUGAAAUGCUUCCAUGGAGAUAUUGCGAUCAGAUUGCAGGCGAAAACGGAUGCGAACAAGGGUCGAUGGUUCUACAGUGAGUCAUCGAGCAUCCUCGUCCAGCAAAGUUUCGCUUACCAGUAUCACAAAGAAUGCAACAAUCAGGAGGCUCCAUGCAAGUUCUUCAAGUGGGAAGAUCAAUUGAUGGCCGGUAGCUCACCACAAUCCUCUCAGUCGACAGCGGCGGGCACCUCAUACACUCCCAAAACAACAACCCGAUUCGCAAGCGAUUCGGGUCGAAGAUUGGGGUCGCCUCCGUCUCAGUCCAGCCCGACCAAGCGACCCGCAGAUGAGACCAUAGAGUCGGAUGACGGCAUGGAGGAGUUGCUUAGCGGGAGUCCAUCCAAGAAGCUGAAGUUCACUCCGCAACACAAAACCCAGGAGAGUCCAAGUCGUUCUACGUGGCAGUCGAUACAGGAUGAUCCUAACAACCCUUUCCAUGUCACAGCGUCCAACGUUCGCGGGAUUCCUGAUACGCCAUCUGCAACAUCAACAGCACCUGCUUCAACAUUCAAUACACCGUCUCAUCUGAGCAGUUCGCAUGAAGUUAGGAUAGCAGACCUGCGUGCGGCUUCUAUGAUCCUGAACGGGCUUCCGGAUCGUAUUGAGCGACUGGAACGCAAGCUGUUGGCAGCAGAACGAUCAAAUGCACAUAAGACGAGAAGGAUGGGGGAGCUGGAAGAGGAGAACAAAGAAUUGAAGAACGAAUUGCUGGAAAAGAUGCGCAAAGCUGAGGUAUUGGAGACGACUAUCGAUGCCUUGCGGGCUUCUAGGUGAUCUAGUCCAGAAUCUUUCAUGUAUCCCAUAGUCAUUGUAUGUAAAUUAGUUGACGACGAUAUGAAUUUGGGUUAU